AAGUCAUGACUAAAUCCUCAUAACAGCGUUAUAGACUUAUAGUGAUUGCAGAGUACAGACAGUAACUAAACCUUAAAUCCUAAAAUAUUUAACAUUCUUGAUCCUUCCUUGUACUAGUCUUCUCAGCUGGAAUCAUAAAUGGAUCGUCUCCUAUCUAAUGAUCUUUUCUAUAGGUGCUCUGAGCCAUCUAAACUUUAAUCCAUCGUGACCUUCACAAUAAAAAACCACAUUUUGAAACUGAUGAUAAAAUUGGCACGAAUGAUGUGUCAAUGACUUAAUGCCAUUGAUCGAGGUGUGCAUAGUAAUUAAUAGUGAUGGAAGUUUUGGUUUUUCUUCUGUUAAUGCAUUAGAUGACAGAAUAAUUCCAGGAAACAUCUUUCCCAAAAACUGUAGUGAAUUUUAUGUUCUGAUGUAAUAUUUGUCUGUGUGGGUGUGCGUGCAUGUUUUCUCCGAACCGAGUUACUUUUAUCCUUGUGUCUCAAUGUGAAAAUGCCAGGAGUUCACCAGUACCAUCUCAUAGCUGUUUAUUCCAGAUUACCAACUGAGAUAGCUUGGCAUGAGAGGAGAAGGGCAUGGAUCGGUGAAAAUCGAUCUCAAAGAUCACAAAGAAUGCCUAGGGAGCAAAUUAUGAGCUGGACAACUACUUAUGAGGAGCUGCUUUCAUCUACUGAACCAUUUCAUGAGUCAAUUCCAUUAGCUGAGAUGGUGGAUUUUCUAGUUGAUAUCUGGCUUGAAGAAGGUCUUUACGACUAGGUGAGUAGUGAAACUUCCUUGGUGGGCAGCAAUAACAUUCUGCAGUUUUUUUUUUUUAAGCCUAUACCUCACACGACCAGUUACACUCAACACAUUAGCUGAAUGAAAUAGUUGGGUUCUCUCGUUUCUUUGAUUGCAUAAGCAAGAGUCCCUUUACUGGAAUAUUGACUUACUGAAAUAUAGUUUGAUUUGAUGGUCAUUGGCUAUGAAAUACCUAUUGUUGUAUGAAUUACAGAGUUGGUACUGUUAUAGUGUUAUGGGAUAUACUUUAUAUUCAUUGCUUCUUUCUUGUAAGUGCCUG